CUGGCUCCGCCCAACGACUUCUCUGCCGUCACAUUAUUGCGACGUUGUGCCCCUUUCAAACAUGGCUUCUAGAUUAGAAAUCAAUUUCAUCCGAUUAUUGUCCCGCUGUGAAUCUAUAGCGUCGGACAAACGAGGAGAAACGGAAUGGAGGUUAGAAAAGUAUGUCGGUGCCCUGGAGGAGAUGCUGGUGGCUCUGAGGAAAAGCCUGAGCAAACCCACAGCAGAAAUGCUGACUGAAUACACAAGAAAAGUAGAAUUUCUGAAAGGACUUCUUGAGGCAGAGAAACUGUCUUCACCAACAGAAAAAGCUUUAGCUAAUCAGUUCCUCGCCCCCGGACGAACGCCCACAAUAGCCAACGAGAGGAUGCCUGUCUCUAAAACUGUCCACAUGCAGACGAAGGCCCGGUGUACGGGAGAGAUGAGGGACGAGCUGCUCGGCACGGGUGUAUCCGGCAAAGGCAUGUCAGAAACGGACUUGCGAAACAGAAGAGGUCUUCCUCUGGAUGAGCGUCAGUCUGCUGCAGAGCUGGAGGCCGUGCUGCAGCACCACCACAACCUGCAGGAGAAACUGGCCGAGGACAUGCUUCACCUGGCCCGGAACCUGAAGAACAACACUCUGGCAGCACAGAACAUCAUCAAACAGGACAACCAGACUCUGAGCCAGUCUAUGCGUCAGGCAGACAUGAACUUUGAGAAGCUGAAGACGGAGUCGGAGCGCCUGGAGCAGCACACCAAGAAGUCCGUUAACUGGCUGCUGUGGCUGAUGCUGAUCCUGGUCUCCUUCACCUUCAUCAGCAUGAUCCUCUUCAUCAGAAUCUUCCCCCGACUCCGAUGAUGACGGUCUACAAACCCAAACUCUUUAGUCGUACGGCCUCCUUUUUUUACAGA